GCCCCCGCGCGGGUCACGCGGGGCGGUCACGUGGCGCCCAACAUGGCGGCGCCCAUGGCGGCGGCGAGCGGCGGCUCCGUGACGCGGCGGCUGCUCCGGGGCGUCUCCCGCAGCCUCAGCGGCGCCGGGGCCGCGGCCGAGGAGCCCGAGGCCGCCGUGGUUAACGUCGUCUUCGUGGACCGGGACGGGCGGCAGGUGCCGGUGCGCGGCAGAGUCGGUGACAACGUGCUGCACCUGGCGCAGCGGCACGGGCUGGAGCUGGAGGGUCGGGACCGGGGCUGGGACCGGGACCGGGAGCGGGACCGGGAACGGGACCGAGGCUGGGACCGGGAACGGGGCUGGGACCGGGACCGGGAACGGGAACGGGGCUGGGACCGGGAGCGGGACCGAGGCCACCCUCACUUUUAG